CGGGGGCCGCCCGAGCGCUUGGCCGAUGGAAUCUCUUCACGCAAACCAAAUCCAAAGUCUUUCCUUAUCACUUUAUAACCCUCCUCAGCCCCCCUCCUUCCACCAUCAUCUCUCUUCUCCCCAUCCUUUCCAUAUAAAAAGCUGCAAAUAUCUUCUUCCAACACAAGAGCUUAUAAAUGAGUUUUGUAGCCUAGGAGAUGGGAAUAGCAGUAGGAGGAGGAGCAACAGUGCUAAGCCAAUGGAGGAUUCCAGUUCUUCUUGGAGCCAACAAUCACUUUACUCCAUGGAACCCUCAGAGUUGCAGAAGAGAAAGGCAAAGCUUCUCUCCAUGUUAGAAGAGGUGGAUAGGAGGUAUAGGAGAUACUGCGAGCAAAUGAAGGCUGUAGUUUUGGCAUUCGAGGAAAUCGCCGGCGAAGGCGCUGCGAGGACAUACUCGCAGCUCGCUUCGAAGGCGAUGUCGCGGCAUUUUCGAUGCCUGAGAGACGGGAUCGCCGGGCAGAUCAAGGCGACGAGGAGGGCGAUGGGAGAGAACGAAGCCGCCGCAGCGACGGUGACGACGGCGGUGGCGGCCGGCUUGACAAGGGGAGAGACACCAAGGUUGAAGUUGCUGGAUCAAUGCAUUAGACAACAGAAAGCAUUUCAGCAGGCUGGAAUGAUAGAGAGUCAUCCAUGGAGGCCGCAGCGUGGCUUACCGGACCGUUCGGUCUCCAUUCUACGUGCAUGGCUUUUCGAACACUUUCUCCAUCCGUAUCCAAGUGAUGUUGAUAAGCACAUUUUGGCUAGGCAAACUGGGCUAUCUAGGAGCCAGGUCUCCAAUUGGUUCAUAAAUGCUAGGGUGAGGCUAUGGAAGCCCAUGAUAGAAGAGAUGUACAUGGAAGAGUUGAAGGAGGAAGACAAGAACAGCCAGUCCUCCCAUGCAACCACCAUGCAAGAAGCAGGCAAUUGCAGCAAUAAUCCUUAUUCUAACCCUAACCCUAACCCAAACCCUAGCCCAACCUCUCAACCACCUUUUGAAGACCAUAAAUCUCUCUCAUCCAUAAUCAACAACAUCAACGCUCAUCACCACAACCCAAAUAUUGGUAACCCAAGUCAGACCUAUGGCAUUCUUGAGACAGACUUUGGUUCUUACCAUGGUGGCCAUGAGCUCACCCUCAGCUUGCAGCAGCAUGAAAGGCCUCUGCUUUUUACAAGGGAGUUGGCCAUUGGAGACGAAGGAGAUGAAGUGCAGUUUUCAAUAUUGGAGGGAGAGACUCAGAACAUCCCAUAUAGAAACUUGAUGGGAGCUCAGCUGCUACAUGAUUUGGCAGGCUAAAGAAUAAACUAAAUUCCAACAUGCAUGGAAUCUUAAGGCUUGCAUGCACAUUAUGCAUGUAAAAGGAGGAAAAAAAAAAACCUUAUGUUGUGAUGUAA